GCGCGCGAGCAGAAGAACCUGGGCGGCGCCGACUCCACGGGCGUGGCCGUGGGCGCCGGCAUCCGGGAGCGUCUGGAGGAGGACCUCAGGGCCGUCCUGGAGGCCGCCUGCGAGGGGGCGGGCGAGGCGCCGGAGGCUCCCGUCGACCGCGCCCUGGCGGACGCCCGGGAGUCCCUGGAGGCCCUGGGGAGCCUGCCACUGGACACCAGCGGGGUCGAGGACGAGUGGUGGGGCCCGCUCACCGGAGACCAGGAGGGCGACCUGGGCGAGCGGGUGGAGGCCUUUCUGGGCCGCCUGCGGCUCACCCGCGGCACGGCCUGCAGAGGUGGCGGCGGCACCGCGAUAGUGGUCGGCCAUUCCCACUUCCUCCGCACCGUCUUCGGCGCCCACCUCGCGGACUGCCCGCCGAUGUCGUCGGACAGCUGGAAGUUCAACUCGCUGCGGAAGCGGGUCUUGCCGUAUUGCGCCGUCAUGGGCUGCCGGAUCCGGUGGGACCAGGACGGGCAGGCCAGCAUCGUGGAAGCCGUCCCCCUCUUCGGCACCGAGCUGUCGGCCGACAUUCCGUCGAAGGCCCACGGAGGAGGCUGCGUCUGUGGACGCGGGCAGAUCAAGGACGUGUGCGUUGUGUCCUAA